AUGUCACUGCCAACGUCGACCAAGGCCUGGGUGCUGACGCAGUACUGCACCGGCCCGCUCAGCGAGUCCGAGAACUUUGCGCUCCGCGAAUUCCCCAUUCCCGAGCUCAAGGACGGCGAGGUGCUCGUCAAGGUGCAGACCAUCGGCCUCGAGCCCGCCAUGCGGCCCUCGUACUCGCUCGAGAAGUCGUACCGCGAGCCCACGCCGCUCAACACGCCGCUGUGGGCGUUUGGCGUCGGCGAGGUCGUGGCGAGCAAGUCGGACAAGCUCAAGACCGGCGCCAUCGCGUACGGCCUCUUCAGCAUGAGCCAGUACCACGUCGCCGGGCCCGAGACGCCCUUCCUCAUGCCCGUCGACCCGAAGAUCGGCAAGCAGGUGCUCUCGCUCUUCGCGCCGCCCGGCCUCGCCGCGCACGUCGGGCUCUUCGAGAUCGGUGAGCUCAAGAAGGGCGACACGGUGCUCGUCUCGGGCGCUGCCGGCGCCACGGGCUCCAUCGUCAUCCAGAUCGCAAAGCGCGUCGGCGCAAAGAAGAUCAUCGGCAUCGCGUCGAAGCGCAAGCUCGACGCCGUGCUUGCCGACGGCGCCGACGAGGCCGUCGCGUACGACGACGACGACUUUGAGGAGAAGCUGAAGAAGGCGACGGGCGAGGACGUGAACCUGUACUUCGAGAACGUCGGCGGCAAGGUGCUUGACGCUGCGCUCGGCUGCAUGGCGGCGUACGGCCGCAUCGCUGUCUGCGGCAUGAUCUCGCAGUACGACAGCAUCGGCGGCGACCGCAACAGCUUCGAGGGCAUCAAGAACAUCCGCUACAUCCUCACCCGCCGGAUCAAGAUGCAGGGCUACAUCUGCUCGCAGGUCAACGACGAGGCCGUGCCCAAGGCCAUCAAGGACCUCGGCGCGUGGGCACACGACGGCUCCGUCAAGGCUGCCAUCUACACGCACCCCGACAAGGGCGUCGAGCACUGCAUCAAGGCAUUCCAGGGCCUGCUGACCGGUGCCAACACCGGCAAGAUGACCGUCGACUUCUGA